ACGUGAUGCAUGUACAGCUGAGGGUUGUAGAGACAGGCUUGCCCGUUGCUAGCCACUUAGCUGCGUUAGCCGCGUUGAGCAAGUUUGGCAGAAAUUUCUUCUAAUAUCAGUCUGUAUUGAUCUUACUUGACGGCAGGCUUUCGAUAAAGACAUGGGGGGGAUACAGGAGUCAUGUCCGCCUCUUGUAUCCUCUCCUAUCUCCAUCUAUUUACCUAGAUGUCAAUGUCAUAAUUUGUAGCUAGGGCUUAGCACAGCUAGCUUGUGCUUGACAAAUACCAGGCCAAGGAAAGAGGGGGGGAAACAGGCAGGCCUCCGGGUGGAGAGGAGGAGACAGGAAGUAGAACAUCUGGUUUGGGAUCAGAACAUCUAUUGGAGACUCUUCACCAUCCUCCUCAUCUCUGUUGACCUCAGAUGAGCCAUGUCUUCUUCAGGGUGCUGCCAGCUACCUGGCUCCCUUUGUGAUUAUUCUGGGAAUGCGGAAUCUGACGCUUCUAAGGAUUCCGAAGAAUCUGACUCUACCACACAAGCCCAGUAUGUUGCCAAGGUUACAGCGAAGGAUGGCCGCCCACUCUCCACGGUUGUCAAAGCAGUCAGCAUGCAGAGCGAUGUGGGAAUGUGCAGGAUUUGUCAUGAAGGAGCUGGAGGGGAGACGCUGCUUUCCCCCUGCGACUGCACUGGUACCCUUGGAAAAGUGCACAAGAGUUGUUUGGAAAAGUGGCUUUCAUCCUCCAACACCAGCUAUUGUGAGCUCUGUCACACAGAAUUCACUAUUGAGCGGAGACCACAACCACUUACACAGUGGCUGAAGGACCCAGGCCCCCGCAGUGAGAAGCGCACGCUGCUGUGCGACAUGGCUUGCUUCCUCCUGAUUACUCCCCUGGCUGCCAUUUCUGGGUGGCUGUGUCUGAGGGGGGCCCAGGAUCACCUGCAGCUGAAGAGCAGACUGGAGGCCGUCGGCCUCAUCGCCCUCACCAUCGCCCUCUUUACCAUCUACAUCCUCUGGACACUGGUGUCAUUUCGAUAUCACUGUCAGUUGUACUCAGAGUGGAGGCGGACCAAUCAGAAAGUGCGCCUGCUCAUGCCUGACAUGAAAGGGAUGCACACCACCCAGCGCUCCGUGCCGACCAAGUCGACCAAAAAGAUGACUGAUGAGACCAUCGUAUGAGUGCAGGGUGGCUGGGAAAAAGGAAUAAUUAAAAAACAACAACAAGAGCCCACCCUGGUACUCUCUAAACACAAAAUAAUCACAAUACUAAACUUUUGCACUUCAUACGGACCAUUCUGAGGAGGAAGAGUCCUUUCCUCGUCUUGUCUUUAUUGGAGCACUUGGAGAAAACACGGUUUUGGCAGACGCUGGUUUCGGGGAAGAACUCAUUCCAGAGCCGUCCGACACGAGAACUGCGCCGUCGGCGGACAGCCAGUGUUCGGACGCCAUUAAGUGGACAUGUGGAUAAUGAACUAAAGUUGGUGUUACAGACUUAUGAAAUAACAAGACACAAGCUAAUGUAGCAGAAUAUAAAUAAUUCAGCAUGCUACUGCAGUAUAAUAUACACUACCUAUUAUCCUGAUACCCCUUCACGAUUUAUCUAGCUGGUUUUAAACAACGGGCAAACAAUAACCCUGCGGCAGAUAGUAACCUUCAGUUCAUGACUGAUAAAGCUUAGAUGUGAAUACUGCUUUUUUUUCUUUGUUUGACAAGUAGAGGGCGACAGUCACUCCUACCUGAGUCCUCGUCUGUAAUCUAAUCUCUUAUUUUCCCGUUAAACAUUUAUGUUGCUGUUGAAGAGUGAAACAUCCAACCGCGGUGCUGUUGAAGUGGCAUGUCUGGAUGGCACUGGUGAAGGGGAUGAAGCACGACGUAAGAAACGACGCUGCGGCAGCGCAGCAAACGUUAGAGGAAGUAUUGGCGUGCUGACAGGAUGGGGUACCUUCUGUUGUCAUAAGAGUAUUAGCAAGCAGCCCUGCUCCACGUGUAAAUGCAUCAUUCAUUAUAGAAAAAAGGCCGGUCUGAUAAUGCCACCAGAUUCCAACAAAAGUGGAGGAUCAGUGUUUUAGAAAAAAAAAGAAAGGGAAAAAAAAAGUAUGCCGGUUUAGAGGAUUUGACCCACAGCAGGCUGGUGCUUGGCAAAAGUGCAAAAGAGAAAUACGUUUCUAAAAAAGAAAAAAAACAUAUGUUGAUGUGUGCAGCGUAAAAACUAAAAGUAUUUUGUGUUUUUGUAGUCUUCCUGCUUCAUCCAUGGAAAGUUGGGUUAUUGUGCAAUAAAACAUGAGGGACUCUGAA